AUGGCGCGACAUGUCCGAAACACUCUCAUCCCCCUCCACCUCUUUGCCCUUCUUGCUCAUGCCGCCAAUCUCAACUACUCGGGCGAAGCCGUCACUACGCGGUACUGGGACUGCUGUAAACCAUCGUGCGGGUGGAAUGGCAAGGCCGAUUUCAGCAGCCCCGUGGAGUCGUGUACAGCAGACAACAAGCCUACCAACCCUGCCGCUGGCACUGGCUGUAACGGCGGUGAUGCAUUCCAGUGUGCCGACCAGCAGCCAUGGGCUAUCAACGACACAAUGUCCUAUGGCUUUGCCGGUGUCUACAUCAUGCCGGCCCUCACGCGCGGCGGCAUCGAGGACGCUUGGUGUUGCGCAUGCUACCAGCUGGAUUUCACCAGUGACCCACUGAUCGGAAAGAGCAUGAUUAUCCAGGCCUCAAACACCGCCUACGACAUUACAACAACAAACCGCUUCACCCUUGCAGUACCCGGUGGCAACACAACAUCAGUCGACGGAUGCGCCAAGCAGUAUGGCGUCGACCAAUCCGUCUUUGGCCAGAGGAUGGAGGGCGUCAGUUCGAGCAACGACUGUGCAAACCUACCCGAGGCCCUGAGAGCGGGAUGCCGGUGGCGCUUUGAUUGGCUCCAGGACGCGUCGUUCCCCAGCGCCAAUUUCAAGCGUGUUGUGUGCCCAGCCGAGAUUACAGCCAAGAGCAACUGUGUGCGCAACGACGACAAACGGCUUGCUUCGGGCGAGUCGACUUCCGCCGCCCACAGUCUCAGCCCUAGUCUGCCUCAUACUAUGGCUCUCGUUGCCGCCACGAUGCUAGCCCUAAUAUCCGUAUAG